GUACAACAUGCACACAUCUUCCUGUAUAUAUCUGUCUCUAAGGAAAAUUUAACAUUCUUUAAUAAGGGCAAGUCGCCGGUGUAAUCAUCCAAGUUGGGUGUUAUCUUAUCACACCAAGCGCCAGGGAAGUUAACAGAGCGAAGGGACGGUCAGUUGCCUUCAGUUACCCGGGAAUACAGGAUCUUCGCAGAUCAUCGUAUUCCACAGGAACACUUCGAAACUUCCCUAAAGAAAAAAUGACCAAGAAGAAGGGCAAAGGGAACGCAAAGAAUGGGGAAAGGAAUAACACAGAACAGGGAACAGAUGAGAAAGAACAGAGGCCAGCAGAGAAGGCGAGAGCCAGCGGAGAGGAGGGAACGGAAAGAAGAGAGGAGAGCGGAGAGGAGGCAAGAAAAGGAGGAAUGGUGGAGGGAGAAGAAAACACGGAAUUAAAAGACGAAGGGGGAAGUGAACAAGAAAACGGAAAGGAGGAAGGAAACACGGAAUUAAAAGGCGAAGGGGGAAGUGAACAAGAAAACGGAAAGGAGGAAGGAAACACGGAAUUAAAAGACGAAGGGGGAAGUGAACAAGAAAACGGAAAGAUGGAGGCAAGCAAGGACAAAACAAACGGAGAAGAGGGAAGCAAACUAAAUAACGAAGAGGGGAAAAGAAGCAGAGAUGGAGAAGAAAGCAAGGAAGAGGAGAAAAGAAAAGACGAAGAAAAGAGAAAAGAAACAAACGAAGGAGUGACAAGAAAAAAGGGAAUAGAAGAGGAAGAAGCAAACGACGAUAAAGAGACGGGCACACAAAUACCACAAGAGGAGACAGGAAACAGCAAGCGAACAAACGACGAAGGAACAGGCAAGCAAAAAAUAGAAAAGGAUGAAACAAACAACCAAGAGAUAAAGAAAGACGAGACAGACAUGGAAGGAACAAGAGAAGAGGGAAAAGACAAGGACACAAACGAGGGAAUAGCAACAAAGCAAGGACGAGAAGGAGAGACAAACGACAAAGGAACAAAGGAAGGGGGAACAGAGACGCAACGACCUGGAGAAGAAACAGACGACCGAGAAACAAACAUAAAAAUGACAAACAAACAAGAAAUAGAAAAUGACGAAGCAAACAACAAACAAACACAGGGAGAGGAGACAGGGACGCAAGAGCCGGAAGGAGAAGCAAACAACGAAGGAAAAAACGAAACAAUAACAGCUGCAGAUCAGGAACCUCACAAACAACAAACAAAGCCUCGAGGCAAGCAAGGACUCUUCCCGAGUUCCGAGACAAACGACGAGGGACAAACAAAGCCUCGAGGCAAACAAGGACUCUUCCCGAAUUCAGAGACAAACGACGAGGGACAAACAAAGCCUCGAGGCAACCAAGGACUCUUCCCGAGUUCCGAGACAAACGACGAAGGGCUAACGACGGGAGAGAGGGAGGAGGCCGGGGCCGCAGAAGGCGAGGACGGAGCAGAAGGGCCGACCAUCGCUUCGGAAAAGGAUGAUCCGGAGGGGAGCUGGGCGGCCAGGGCUGAGGAGCAGAAGCAGCGGGCGGCGAAGGAGGCAGCGAGCAGGAGGCGAGUGAAAGAACUGAAGGAGGAACUGAGGGAGAUGAAGGCGCAGUAUGAGAGAAAGGAGGAAGAGGCGCUGCGGCACUCUGAAGCCUCGGCGAAGUAUCAGUUAGAGGUGACUCUCUCAAGAAAGAAAGCUGAAGAUAUGGAAAAGAAGAUACUCAUCCUAAAGGAAGAGAAGAAGAGCCUGCAAUCACGCCUGCAUGCAAAGACUCAGAAAGUUCAGCAGUUAGAGGAGAAAACGUCAAGCCAAGAACGUGAUUUGCGCGAGGCACAGGAAGACCUCGAUAUCGUGAGGAACAGCCUGAAGGAGGAGGAGGCGGACAGUGAGCGAAACCAGAGGAACUUGAACGCGCGAAUCAAAACGCUGGCAGAGAAAGCCUCGCGAGUGAGCAAGGAACUGGUGGACUCGCACUUGCGGCUUGCCGAGUCGCACGAGAGGAGGAGAGUCGGGAAAUCCUCGGCAGAAGAGGCCAUGAGGAUCCUCCAAGAAGAGAAACGACAGCGAGAGCAGAAGAUUUCGCUCCUGGAGGAAUGGAAGAGAGACAAGGAAAAGGAAUUUAAGGAAAUGGAAAAGAAGUUCGCAGAGGAAAAGGUGCAGAGCAAGGACCAGAUAAACCGACUGAAUCAACGUACACAUGAACUGGAAAGGAAGUUGGACCAAGUGAGGAACGAACAGACGGAGGGAAGGAGGGAGACAAGGAGGGAGGUCGAGCAUUGGAAGCAAUAUGCGCUUAUCCAGGCUACAUGCUACAAAGACAUCAUUUCCUUGAAAUAUGUCAUUGACGAAGAAGUCGAUCCCAACUGCAGAGACAGCUUCGGUAGCACGCCCCUCCACAUCGCGGCAUCUCAUAGCGACCUCGAGAUGAUGUCAGCACUGCUGGAGGCCGGAGCCAGCACAGAGGUGAAGGACCAGUUCGGAGACAGGCCCCUACACACAGCCACGCGGGCGGGGUCUGUGGGCGUGGUGAAAGCGCUCCUGGACGCGGGGGCGGAUAGGAACGCCAGAGAUUAUGAAGAUAAAACAGCAGCAGAGUUAGCAGCAGCCCUUGGGAAAGAAGAACUGCUUGGACUUCUGAACGACCAAUCCUUGCCUCUCCUCCACAUAGCGGCUGCCAACGAUCACGAAUCAGCGUACUGGACCCUCCUGGAUGCCGGCUUUCCCCCAUGGGCAGAGUGGGAGGGCUGCCCUGCUUAUGCAUACGCUGAAGCAGCAGGCCACUACAGUCUUGCCUCUCGCCUGGCGCUCGUAAGAAGCGGCUGUAUGGGCAGACUGCCCUACUACCUCUUCGGCUGGCUCCCUCUUGCUUGGCCCUUUGCUUGGCUCAUCUUCUUCCUCUUCUUCUCUAAUAAGAAGAAGCCCUCGAUGAGCACAGUGGAGAAAAUGAUCAUGAAGGAAGGACCAAGGGAGCCGAUACCCAUUAGUGAGAGAGAUGCCCUAGAUCCGCCUAGAGAUACCUUGGACAAUGAACGUGACAACCCCUCGUCCUCACUUGAAAUCGUAAAUGAACAAUCCGUGGAAACCAGCCUGUACAGCAAUUUCGCCGGAAUCUUUCAGUUACUUCUUGCGUAUUUUCGGUUGUUCACACAGAUUUUCGUCACCCAACUGUUCAGUCUAGAACCAGCAUUGGAAAUUCAGACGGAACCGGUGCGAGGCGCUGCAGGAUUUCGAGAAAGGAUCGACCGGAUGGAAUCGACAUCCCUUCCUGACGCUUCACAUCUGUUCCCCUCAAAGGUGGAGUCGCCGGCGAAAAAAGGCGGCAAAGGAAGAUUGAGUCAGAGAAACAAGAGGGAAUUCUCUCGAUCAGCUGAUAAUGUCUCAAAGGAACCAAAACCUCCUCCUGGACUCCCAAACAUCGGCAACACUUGUUACAUGAAUUCUGUGCUUCAGUGUUUCUACCACACAUUGCCAGUCACGAAUUUCUUCCGCAGUGAGAAUUUGAGGAGAUAUAUCAACUACGAGAGCGAACAGCAAGGAAGGGUUGCCACAGCUUAUUGCAAGCUGGUAAGAGCCAUGGCCGAGGGGGGUAACCUUUUCGAGGCAGUCACAGGCAUGAAGCAAAUAUCUGGUGUGUUUGACGAAUACCUUAGAGACUAUGGCCAGAAGGAGCCGCACGAUUUCCUGGGCGUCACGCUGGGCUGGUUGCAUUCGGACCUCGCGAGCAAACCCAACGACCCCGACCACACCUCAGACGGGUUCGCCACGUCCUCCGUCAUCUCAGAGAACUUCCACAUCCAGCACCUCAACAUCAUCACCUGCGAGAAGCGUCAGCGGCCGAUCGUCAUCAAGGCCGUGUCGCACUCCAGCCUCACUCUCGCCGUGUGCUCCAGCGAGGACAUCGACCUCGAGACACUUCUGGCGAAUUACUACACACCUCAGUAUAUAAACUGGGACUGCGAUUUGUGCGGGUCGAACCACAAAUGCCGUCAAGAAACGAUCAUUCUCCGUCUUCCACCGUUCCUUAUCAUCCAUCUUAGCAGGUACAACGCCAAAAACCCUCAGGCACCAAAAGUCGGCGUACAAUUCCCGAAGACUCUUGACUGCAUGAGGAAAUUCUGUGGCUAUAACAACGAUAGAAAAUACAGCAUUUAUGGAGUAUGUGCCCAUGAAGGAACCAUGAGAUUUGGUCACUGUAUCUCAGUCUGUAGACAAAGUGCACAAGGACAAGCCAGUGAAGAAGGUUGUACAAGAAGGUGGUACUUGUGUAAUGAUAAAAUAGUGCUUCCACAAAAGGAUCAUAGUGCUAUAGGGAACGAAAAUGCUCAUAUUCUCUUCUACGAGGCCGAGUGAGAUGGUCUUAUUUUGGGUGUGACUUUUUUUUUAUCUAUAAACCCUAAAAUUUAAGGAUUACCCUAUGAUGCGUCUUUUUCUAUUUGUCUCCUUGGAAUGUAGGGAUAUGUUUUGUGUGCUUACCUGCUUGUGUGAAACUUUGUUUAUAAAUAAGAAACGAGCAUGUUAGAGUAUGUUGAUAAACAUGAUUUUCAGUAUCUUUUACAACUGAUUCUUUAUAUAUAAAUAUAUUUUUUUUUCAGCAAGUAUGGAACUAAUCGAAAAAUGUAUGAUUAUGUAAUGAUUAAAUUAUUCACAGGCG